AUGUCGACCACGUGCCCUCACAGACCCCCAGGGAACCACACUAUCGGGUCCCGGUUCAUGCCACGGGGGGCAAGCUACGAUGGUGAUCGACUGAGGAGACACAAGGGCGGAGUGGACGAUGAGCCCAUCACCGGAGCUAAAAUCGUCAACGGUCACGGGCGCGCGCCAAUCAUGGGUUUGCCUGUCGCCUGUUCGUUGCAGGGACCAAUGGCCAGACACCAUUACCUAACAUUUAUUGUCCUGCCAGCCCUAAUUCGACGUCUGCUGCAGAUGCACGGCCAUGAGUCUGUCCCAGAUCAUUCUUUCAGUCCGGAGAAUGUUCUGCUUCCGGAGAUCUUAUUAGAAACGGGCACCAUGGUCCGGGCCAAUCGCCCCUUGCGGAUUAUUCUGCGAUCUGGGUUCGGGGUUGAGCAUGCCGAGACGACGGGAACGGAUGUUGUUGCCGCUGGUAUGCUGUUCCGCUUGAUGGUGAACCGUGAUGGUAUCAAUAACCACUCUACCUUAUUACUUCCACGGCUGCUGAAAUGCAAUGUUUGCUGGUAA